AUGUCAACAAACACCACGUUGCCGCCCGGCUACGAGCCCCCAAGCUACGCGACAUGCCACAAAGUGACCGAUCGCUGCCCUGUAGAGGCCUCCCUCUAUGGUGACUACUUUAGCCUCGGAGGCUGCGUCUUCUUCGUCGUCGCAUAUGGAAUCGCCCUCGUCGCUCAGAUCUGGCUCGGAAUCAAGGGCCGCACCUGGUCGUACUCCAUCUGGCUCGCCAUCGGCACACUCUUUGAGCUCAUAGGUUACGCCGGUCGCGCCGUCAUGAGCCAAAACCCCUGGGUAUACAACGCCUUCGUCAUCCAACUGGUCCUGCUUAUCCUCGGCCCAACGCUCGUGGCGGCCGCCAUCUCUGUCACGUUUAAGCACCUCGUUCUCUGGUACGGACGGCAAUAUAGCUUCAUCAAGCCGGUCUUGUACCCCUGGGUUUUCGUCGGCAGCGACCUCUUCUCCAUCGUCAUCCAGGCUGCCGGUGGUGGUGUCUCCUCGGUUGCUACUGGAGGAGAAGAGGUAAACCAGAGCCUGCUUGAUGCAGGCUCGUCCAUGCUCAUCGCAGGUGUUGUCUUUCAAAUGGCCAACAUGAUCUUUUGCGGUGGCCUCAUGCUCUUAUACAUCUGGAGAAGACGUCGCGCUAUCAAGAAUGGUUCUGCGAGGCUGCAAUCAUCCGCUGGCGAACUUGGACCUACCGAGGAUCCGACUGGUGCCAUCCAUACGAGGGCAAGUGACAAGAAGACGAAGACUUUCGUUUAUGUCAUCACUGUGGCGUACAUUGCCAUCAUUAUCCGUUGUAUCUAUCGUAUCCCCGAAAUGGAGAUGGGCUGGGGAAGCGACCUCAUGCAGAACGAAACUACCUUUAUGAUCCUCGACGGUGCCAUGAUUCUCGCUUCUGUGUGGCUCCUCACAAUAUUCCACCCGCACUUCUACUUCCCUUUCUUGAGCAAAAAGUCUAAGAAGGAAAUGCCCGUGGACAAGCCUCAGGAGGGGGUGGGAACACCAGAAUCGCACGAGAUGGGGGCCGUACUGAACCGAGAGGACGACACAAAGAAGUGA